CGUUGAUUAUAUUUUAUCAAUCAUACUACAAAAUGUUUUAUUGUUAAGAUUCAAGCCAACGCUAUACAUUACAUAUGAUCGUAUUAUUGGUAUGAUCAUACUAUUUAUAUAUUCUAUAAUAAAGUCUUAUUAACUUAAUAUUCAAUAUCACAACCAAAACAAACCUCAAUUUUGUCAGCCUCUUAUUCAAUUAAUUUGAAAAAAGGCCAAAUACCUCCUUUCUAAUUAAGAAAAACAAUCAACUAUUAUGAAACUGACAAGUGACACAUGUCAAUUAAAAAUGUCCUUUUGCUUUGUAUUCAAAAGAAAGAUUUGAUUUUCUAUUUUUGUUUACUAAAAUGAUUGAACUUGAGCAAUAUAAACGUAAUCUUGAUCUCAUAGAUACACAUGAUGUGAAACAUUUUAAAAUUGGUAAAGGUAUAGUAUAUACAGGAGAUACUGAAUAUAUAAAUCCAAAAGUCGAAGUAAAGAAACAUGUCUCUCCACUGUUGGGUGCUGCUAUUUACGGCUUAAACAAUACAGCGGCUCCAUUGCCUGAAGACACUAAAUUUUUUGAUGUCUGGUCAGAUAUUGAUGCUCAAGAAAUAUACUUGAGCAAGAAGCCUACAUGUUACAUAAUAUUUGGAAAGUCUGGAUCUGGAGCAUAUAAUUUAGGAGAAGCAAUGGCUAAAAAGCUAAACAUACUGCACUUGUGCCCACAUAAUUUACUACAGGAUGAAUUAGCUCAAAAGAGUAGCACAGGAAAAGCUUGGGACUUUAAUAUGCGAAACAAUAAAAUAUGUCAAUUUGAUAUGAUACUGACUAUGUUGAAAAUUAAAAUGAAAUCUGAAGUAGUUCAACAUCGAGGCUAUGUAAUAUCAGGACUACCUUUAGUAACCUGUAGUAGAAACCCUCUUUAUUGUAUAGAGUCAUUAUAUAGUGAAGAUUCAUUUUUACAAAUAGACGAAUUAUUAUUCGAUAUAAUUCGUAAUUUGAAGAAAAAAAAAUCCAAGUCAUUUCAACUUGGAACAUCACGGUCUUCUAAAAGUAGUGGUUCUCUAGCAGGAGAAGAUCACGAAGAGGUAGAAGAAGAGCAGUUAGAAGAUCUUCACGCUGAAGAAGCCCUGGAAGAAGAAGACCAACCCGUAGAACUGCCGAUGUUUGAGCUAAACACUUGUUCCAAUAUUAUUGUUCACAAAAAACCACAUAUUAAGGCGAAACAAGGUGUUAUUUUUGAGCAGCUUCAAGAAUUAUUUAAUUUACCGCUAAAACCUGACAUCCUUCUCCAAAUUAAUUGUCCUGAAAUGGAUUUAGUGAAAAUGAGAUCUCAUAGGUUUCUUAACUACAAAACGGGCCAAAAUGCCAUCAAACCCUUUAUUUCGAAUUACGUCGCCGAACAAACUUGGCCUGAUGAAUAUACUAUGCAUGACUAUGAGAAUCCUCACGAGACUCAUGUGUUUCAACCUAAAUACAAUUGUAAACCGCCAGCGAAUUUCGAAAAAAAAGUUAUUGAACAAAUGUGUAGUUAUAGAACUUAUGUGUUUCCGUAUUUGGAAAAGAAAUUUAAAGAAUUUGAUCCAAAAAUGAUAAUUCAAUUAGACGGCCGUAUGUCGUGCGGUAAAAUGCUUCAUAAUAUAAUGGAGAGAUUGGUUUUAUUACCUAUUCAACCAGUAAUCACGCCUACUCCAUCUACCGAUGCGACACCAGAAGAUAUAGACGAUUUUUGGGCGUAUAUAGAAGAAUCAAACGUUAUUCGUAACGGCGUUGUUAAUUUCAAGUACUCUCCUUCACCCUGGUAUAACAGAUGUCCUGUGGAAUUAAAACUUAGACGAACAGUGUCAGGGCUCACCAAAUAUGUUGUUUACUACCUAAAACAUGUGUUUCUACUAUCUUCACGGAAUAAUUUUAUUUUGUUCAACAGGAACCCACGCCCUUAUUUAAAAAUAAAGUAUUUAGAACCGACUUGCAGAAUUAUAAUUCUAGGAACGAAAAACUCUGGAAAAACCAUGAUUGCUAAUUGUUUAUCGUGGCUUUUUGAUGCUCCUAUUAUUGAUUUCUUAACGAUUGUAAGUAAAGAAAAAGAUAAAAAAUAUAUAACUGUUGCCCAAACUAUCCUAUCGGAAAUCAUAGCAACUAUUGAGGACGCUCGUUUACUAAAAUGGCAAGCUGACGAGUCAGAACGAAUAGAACAAUUAAAAAAUUGGCGUGAGUCCACGACACAGUUAUUAAAACAAUAUUUGCCUCUACUUGUCAAAAACACACAAUACGAAAAAAUUAAAGCCUACAGACUUGCCAAAAAAGAAAAAGAAAUGAAAAAAUACGAGAAACUAAAAAAAGCAAAAGAAGAAAUAGAGCAAGAAGGAAAAGAAGAAAUAGAGCAAGAAGGAAAAGAAGAAAUAGAGCAAGAAGAAGAAGAGGAAGAAGAAAUAGAGCAAGAAGAAGAAGAGGAAGAGGAAAAAGUAAGCGAUGAAGAAUAUAUGGAUGAAGAAAUGAAUUGGGAUUUCUUAGAAGAAUUUGACGAUCUCAGAACGCAGCUUAAUUUUUUACCUAUAUUAGACAGUGAAGAAGAAUGCGAGAGCGCUCUGCAAGGUGAAAAUAUUUUACAAUAUGCACCUACAGAACUGAAUACAGAAAUAAAAAAACCUUCAAUCCCUGUUCUUGGUGAUGAAGAUGUGACUACAGCUGUAUCAGAAUAUAUUGCUGCUAAUGAACUAGAAAGCAGUCUCGAACCAACAGCUGAAGAAGUAAUGGAUGAAAUACUCAAGUUACUCACUGAAAUAGAUAACCAGCAUACAGUAGAAACACAGUCGGAAGAACUUUAUGGAAAGUUUAUUCUAGAUGGUUUUUCACCUGAUCCAGAAUAUUGGGCAUAUCUUAAUGAUAAAAUAUUUCCAGAUUACACGAUAACUUUGAUAGAAAAUAGGGAAAUUGAUGAAAAAUUAUAUGAAUAUUACAGCCAAAGUGAUAACCACAGUAAACGUUAUAACGAGACCAUUUUUUCGGCUAAAGAUCCACUUAUUCAAACAAAACAGCGAGCUAUUCAUAUAUCACAAUUGGAAGAGGCUGACAUUAAAAUUAUUUUAUAUGAGUUAGUAGAUAAUGUUGUUGGCACUAUGACAAUACCUGAAAUUGAAAUGGAAUCAGAAAGUGAUUUUAUUUCGUCUUUUACUGAAGCUAUAGAAAAAUUUAGAGAAAGUUGGGACAGUGCUAAAGUAAGUAUAGAAGACAGGUCAAAAGUAUACAUUGAAAUAGAGCUUGAUAACAAAACUGAUGUAGAAAUUCUGGAAGAAACUUUAAUGAAGCUACGUCAGUGUUAUCGUCCAGCAGGUCAAACACCAGAAGAUCAAGAACCCGAACCCACGGAUGAAGAUGAAAUUAAUGCUCCUCCUAAAGAUCUUCUUACUUAUAAUGACACCCAAUUUUUGUGUGAAACCAAUAUAUACUGCCCAAUAGCUUAUUUUAAGUACGGUGUACUAUGGGAAGGGAAGCCAGAAUUUUCUUUAAAAUAUGAUAACAAAAUGCAUUAUUUCUGUAAAGAGGAAUUUUCAGAAGUAUUUACUAAAGAUGUCACAGAAUAUCAAUAUUACAACAAUCCAUUUAAAAAAAUACCUAGAUUAAAAAUUUGUGUAAUAGGUCCUGUGGGUUGUGGGGCCACGUCUGUGUCGCGGCAUAUAGCAAAAGAGCUAGGAUUAUUACAUAUUGAUUAUAUACACUUACUUACUGAAUAUAUAAUGCCAAAACAUUUCAAAAGAAUUGGACGUAAACACGAAAAUAUGUUCACUGACGAAAUUAUUGAUGAUGAAGGAGUAGUGGAAUUUCAAGUGGACGAGGAAGGAGAGAAUGUAGCCACUAACGCUUUAUGGAACGAAAAAGAAAUGUUACGAAUGUUACAUAAUCAUUUCGAACGCGGUGGUCCUAUUUUACCUGUAAUUAUGCAAAAAAUGAUUCAAAAAGUAUGGCAUGAUCCUAGUAUGAAUAUGGGCUUUGUUCUUGAUGGUUACCCCAAGUUACCCAAUGAUAUUGAGGAUAUGAUGACUUGUUAUGGAAUACCUGAUAUGGUUAUAGAGUUACAAUCUAGUAUAGAAGUCUCAAUUGGUAGAAUUGCUCCAGAAAUGUUUAAAACAUGGAAAGAACAACAAAAUGAAGCUAAACGGGUAGCUGCAAUUAAAUUAGACAACGAACGAAAACAAUGGAUGCACAACAUAACAAAAGAAAUUGUAGUAAAACUAUUAAUCGAAGAAAUUUUCGACACUAUGUUUGCCUUCAAAAGUGAACUAGGUUUUGCUGCCCAAAGUGCGAUAAUGGAUGCCGACCCUUCAGGAGAUAUAAACAUUGAUCCAUUGCUAUUUAAAUUAUACAAUGAAAUGGUGCAAGAAAAUCCUGAGCCUGUCGAUACGAAUAUGUGGGAAAAAAAUAGCGCAGCUCGUGAGAGAAUAGAGGGUAGGUUGGAAGGAAUAUAUGAAACUGAUGAUGAAAAUGUGCAAUCAUUAAAAGAAGCUUUAUUAGAACAUAAAAUUAAGACAGUUACAAUUGACGCCACAAAACCGUUGGAAAAAGUCAUUAGAAACGCUUUAACUUCGUUAUCACAUUUUCGAAAUAGAAACGAAUCAUUCUUUGAACAAACAUUUAUAAUUUCUCUCGAUAUCGCAGAAAUGUUACUUUUAAGAGGAUUUUAUUUUUUGAGCAAAUUCAAUCGACUUUGUCCCGUUUAUAUCUUUGAGAAUCCACGGGCCAUUCAAAACUCCUAUAAAAUAAGUAAAAACCGAGGAACUCUUUAUGCCGUUGUUCAUAGGACUUACAUAUAUUAUAUAAGUAACGCCGAUAACGUAAUCAAGUUUAGAAAUAAUCCACUAAAAUACAUAAUUGCUGAUGCAGUCAAUUCCUAUUUCGAAUAUCCUCUGAGGAUUGGCAUCAUAGGAUCACCUAAAUCAGGAAAAAGCACAUUAGCUGCUCGAUUAUCUAAAGAAUUUGGUCUAUUAUGCUUAUCGAGAGGAAACUCUAUGAGAAGCGUAUUGGAACAUAUGCAUUGGACGGAACUGGCGCGCCAAAUGAGGAAAACUCUUUCAAAAGGCAACGAAAUUGAUUCUAACCAAAUUGUACAAUCUGUACAAGCAAUGGCUAUUGAUCACCGAACGGAGACUUACGGCUACGUCACAGAUGGUGUUCCUGCCAGUCCUUACCGAGCUCAAGGCUAUGUCAAAAAUGGACUUUAUCCUAAUAUCAUUUUCGAUAUUAGUUCAGCUAAAGAUAAAUGUUUACAUAAUUCACAAAAUGAAAUUUAUAAUGAUAUUCUAAAACAUAUGCCGCCUUACCCCUAUCCACUAAUUGAAAUGAGAUACGAGAAUUGGGCACAAAGACAACACUUAAUUCGGGAUUGGAUCGCAGAGGACUAUCAAAAUCUAUUUGUGCUUGAUGGCACUAAUAGCAAGUGGCACGUUUUCAACCAAGCCCUUGUUCACCUAAAAGAGUUAAAUAAUAAGAUUCAUUAUUAUGUACUUAAUGUUGAUAAGACCAUUGUGAAAGCUAUUUGUAUUUCGAAUGCGGCUUUCAAAGAACGUGAAUCCCAGUAUAAAACAUUGUGUCCAGUUUGUUUUCAUAAAAAAAUAUACAAACAUAUGGGCAGCUUUUUUGGCGGUAAAACGGGUGUUGUUCAAUACAAGAAUAAAUUUUAUUGGGUUUGCUCCGAACACAUGGAAUUGGUUAUGUCGUUUCCACAUUGUUAUUUGACAGAUAUUGAAAUAGAAAUUCCAGAAAUACCAGCUAUAAUCAACAUAGUAAAUAUAGAUUAUAUUUAUGAAAAUGGAGUUUGCGUUGUAACAUAUGCUGAAAAUUUACCUGCACAAACAAUAAAUAUUGGCACAAACGAAUAUGCUGCAAGUUACUCUGGAAAAAUGUACUUAUUCUGUAGUAGGACAUGUCUAAGUAAAUUUUUGUGUAAACCAUACUUAUAUCACGAUAUUACUAUAUUUAAAGAAGCAAGAAUUUUCCCAAAACUUACUUUAAAGCAGCUUCCCAACCUUGGCUACUUGGAGCAAACAUUAGGCAAUAUGCUGACAGAAGCGUGUUGUUCUGUGAAUGUAGUCAGACCUAAGUAUCCAGGUCUUAGUUUCCAAACGUCUGCAUUGAUUUAUAUUGCAUUGUACCUGAAGACGCACAACUCUCUCACAUCUAAACACCACAAAGAGAUGUAUAUUAAAUGUUUAAAAAUAUUUGAAGCUCGGUGUAAAUUGAUGUUAAGUGUAGGACUGCGCUUAAGGUCAAUGGAUAAUCCGUUUGCGAACUAUCCUAAAUGUCACCAUAGAGAACCGACACUUCGGCCGCACCAAUUGGGUGACCCAUUCUUAUCUUCGGCACAAAUACAGACACCUUCACUGAUGCUUCACAGAACGUCAAAUUAUGUUCAAAUUCACAAGCCUUCAUUCCUUACUGUGCAAACUAAACGUUCGAGGAUCAGUAGUCAAAUGGAAAGGAACUAAGAUACUAAGAAAAACACACGUAACAUAAAUAUAGUCCAUUGCGUGUGCGCAUGAUGAACAUAAUUAUUAUUAUUUAUUUUUAAACUGAUAUUUAUUUCUAAGGCUUCAAGGUCAAGGUUUCAUCACGCUAUCAGACUAAUAUUAUAAAUGUAAUAGUUUGUUUGUUUGGUUUAAUGUUUGUCCGUCAAUCACGCUGAAACUACUGAAAAUGAGCUGACUGAUAGGAUACUUUUUAUUACAAGUUAAUAGCUUUAUAAUAAUUUAGUAGAGAAUAUUCUGGGAUUUUAGUUCUAUGUUUUAGUUUAUAAAGAGGAACAAAGUUUAAGUUUUUCAUUAUUUAUAGAAAUGUUCUGCACAAACAUUUUGUUUCUCGAAUUAUUAUUUAAUUUGAAUUGCAUUCCAUUUGAAAUAGCAUCAGAUAUAGCUGCAAAUCCAUAGUACUAAGUACAGCCAAAUGAUUUUCAGCUCUAUUGCUUUGCUGUUAUGAUAGCUUUAUAAUCUGUUGUUGAUAAUAUGUAUGCUACUUAAUAAUAAACCUUAAAACCCGUGCAAUGAAUACCAAAAUCCACUACUAGGUCUAAUGUUAUUUCAAAGGGUGUUAUAGUUUUAUUGUUUUUGUACUAGAUAAUUAUGUAAUUAUGAGGGAAGACGGCCGUAUUAAUAAGAUUUAAAAGACGUCUUUACCUGUUUUGUUUUAAUCAUGAUUAAUAAUAAUUAUAUUAUUUAGAUUAAUAGAUGUUGUCUAUAAUAAACUCAGUUUUUCAUUUAUGUCUCUAUCAAGAGCAUUUUAAGGUUAGCAUCGUAUUAAUUUCUUCAUAAUUAAAAUAUAUUUAUAUGUUUUAUAUUUC